AUGCCUAUUGGAAAUAAGAGAACACUGGAUGAAGCUUCUAGCAAUUAUGCUGAAGAACUAAGGGAUUCUGACGACGACGUUAUUGGAGAAGACACCCAGUCUUUUGCUGAAGCAUCAGAAGUGUUUAAGGUGAAUAACCAAAAUGGCUCGGGUUUUGAGAAUACCCCAGGUCCUUCUCAUGCUGAACCCGAAUUUGAUGAAAGAGAAAUAGAUGACGCUCAAGAUAUGGAAGCUGCAUUGCAAAUGGAAUUGAUUCAAGGGCGUUGGAUCGAAAAAUAUAAGGCGAGUCAGAAAACUUUCAGAGCUAAGGUAGAUCUGGAGAAGUUGCCCGAGGAACUUCGCGGUAAGCCGUUGGUCGCAGCAAUUAGUUCCGUUCGAGAACUAUUCAGAAUGAUAAUUCGUCGUGCUAGUGAAGAUUUGAGGCCGACGGAUCUGAUUCGUAUUUAUAUUCAAGCUGACGGUUUAGACAAGCCCAUUUCAACACGACUGAUGCCUGUAUCAGAUCUCACAUUGGAAACAGUCAUGGCUGCAAUUCUCAAAGUGUUGCAAUCGAAGGACGAGAUUGCUUUGGAUUCCGGUUUUUCAGCUGACGUGGUCACUAUUCGUCGAGACGUGGGAGCAGGUCGACGGAGAAUGUUAAACCCGGACGUGGAUUGUCUUAAUAAAAGGUCCGUCAUUACAAUCCCGACUGACAGUGAAGGACUCUGUUGUGCAAUGGCCAUUGUCUGUGCAUUAGCUCACCUGGACAAUGACCGCACGGCUAUCGAAUCGUUUAAAAAACGAAAUCGCCUGACUCUGUUGAACCGGGCUAAGGAGUUACAUGCUGCAUCCGGUGUACCUUUAGGUCCCUGUACGUACGCGGAAAUAGCAGAGUUUGAGAAACAUUUAGGGGUACAAAUUGCAGUGAUAUCAACAGAAGAAAUGAACAAGGUAUAUUUUUAUUCAUUCAUGCUGACAUUUCCUUCUGAUGUAAAUAUACUACGUCGCUGUUGUUUAGAGUUCCGAAAGCAGUUUUUGGAGGUUGCAAAGGUGGAUCCGUUUUGCUACAUUACUAUUGCAUCGGCAUGCAUGGCAGUGUAUCGAUCAUCACAUAUCAAGCCCAAUGCUAUAGCCAUGGUUCCAUUACGAGGCUACAUAAAUUCUACCAAUUAUAGUGCUGAUGCAAUUAGAUGGUUAGACUAUGUGGCAACCAUGGAAGGCAUUUGUAUAGCUCAUGCUCUAAACGGAUUGGGAGAGAAGAAAUUGAGCGGUAUUUCAGUAGAUGGUUACUGCGAAAGUUUGAAGACAGUCUACCAAUAUCAU